CCUUAUGUGAAACUGGAAAUCACGGAGAACAGAAAGCCGUUACGUCGUAAAAAGUCCACCAUCAAACGAAACACGCUGAAUCCGUACUACAACGAGAGUUUUGUGUUCGACAGCUUACCGCUGUCGAGAAUCAAGAUUGUGCUGCUACAAGGCGGAAAGCGACUGAAAAAGAAGAAAACAUCCAUUAAAAAGUGCACGCUCAAUCCGUACUAUAACGAGUCGUUCUCGUUUGAAGUUCCAUUUGAACAGAUUCAGAAAGUUUCACUUAUGAUCACCGUAAUGGACUACGACAAAUUGGGAUCGAACGAUGCCAUCGGACGAUGUCUGCUUGGGUGCAACGCUACUGGAGCGGAACUGAGACACUGGAUGGACAUGCUGGCUUCUCCACGACGACCCAUCGCUCAAUGGCACACGUUGGGUCCAGUGGAGGAGGAGGGUGGCGAAAAGAAGUGA